AACCAUACACAAACUAUACUGGACGGGUAUAUCUUCCACAACGCAUUCUGGCAUUUCAUAGAGUCAGCCACAGCCUCAGCCCCUCCCUGCAUUUGGUGGUUAUUGGCAGACUAAGAGAGAGAGAGGCUCGCGCACCGCGCUCCACCCAACCACACUGCCAAUCAUCGCUGUAGCUGCGAAUGGGUCCGCUAGCUGUUGAUGCAAAGAGCUCUUCCUCAGAUGCAUCUAAUUGGAAAAUGCAAGAGUGGCAGUUGGACCCCCAAAAGUUGUAUGCCUCAGUAAGCAUGCAGAAGGAAAAGCCGCUGGACUUUCUUCGAAUAAUAUUUGAGGGUUUCAUAGCAGGUGCGACAGCAGGUGUUGUAGUUGAAACAGCUUUGUAUCCUAUAGAUACAAUAAAGACACGAUUGCAGGCAGCUCGUGGGGGUGGCCAGAUAAUUCUCAAAGGGCUAUACUCUGGUCUUUCUGGAAAUCUUGCUGGAGUCUUGCCGGCAUCUGCUGUCUUUGUUGGUGUUUAUGAACCUGCAAAGCAAAAACUCUUAAGGAGUUUUCCGGAAAAUCUCAGUGCUGUGGCUCAUCUGACUGCAGGUGCCCUUGGAGGGAUUGCAGCUUCUUUUAUUCGUGUCCCUACAGAGGUUGUUAAGCAACGGAUGCAGACGGGGCAAUUUGCUUCUGCCCCAGAUGCUGUUAGGCUUAUAGCUUCAAAAGAAGGCUUCAGAGGUCUUUAUGCAGGAUAUGGAUCAUUUUUGCUGAGAGAUUUGCCAUUUGAUGCAAUCCAAUUUUGCCUCUAUGAACAACUUCGAAUAGGCUAUAAACUGGCAGCAAAGAGAGAUCUGAAUGAUCCUGAAAAUGCUAUAAUCGGUGCUUUUGCUGGUGCUCUGACGGGUGCCAUAACGACUCCUCUGGACGUGAUAAAAACUAGGCUGAUGAUUCAGGGAUCAGCAAACCAAUAUAAAAGCAUCUUUAACUGCGUGGAGACUAUAGUCAGAGAAGAAGGCCCCAAAGCCCUACUCAAGGGAAUCGGGCCAAGAGUCCUGUGGAUAGGCAUUGGGGGUUCAAUAUUCUUUGGUGUCCUUGAAAGCACCAAGCGCUUUCUUGCCGAGAGGCGUCCCGACCAUUUGAAACCAAAACCGGAGUAGACUACUCUUUUGGACUAACACCAUGAAGGAACCAAACCUAACGUCUUGCUUUACAAAGGUAGAGUUCCAUUUUAAAUCCUUGUUUGUAUGAGAGAGAGAGAGAGAGAGAGAGAGAGAGAGAGAGUAUUUGAUUACUGCAGCAACAAGCAUGAGAUACAAGUUUUGGUAGAAAAACAAUAUCCCAAAUACAUCCAUUUAAUGACAAUUCCCAGAAAAAAAAUGAGGACUUGUGCUUGCUUGUUUUGUGA